GAGUAUCGAGUAUAAAAGGGAAAGCGCGGAGGUGUCUCGUUCACCGGUGAUUGAAGUUGAAACCGGGGAACGGUUGGGUGGUGUGGCAUUGGUUCUUUCAUUUUUGACCUAAAGUUGACCCUCGAGGAAAAUCAGGGAUCAAAAUUUUGGUAAUGGAAAGUGAAGGCCCUGCUAUCAGAGCAAUGGGUUCUCUUUUUAAGCUCACCGAAGUCUACAUAUGGGAUGACGGCUCAAAGGAGACGCGUGAAGUUUCUCUGUUUCCAGAGUCCCCCAGUAAAUCUCCUCAAGAUUAUGACGAUAACAGUUCAAAUAUCCCUGCCUCAACCGUCGAGUUUACUGAAGCUCCAGAGGAUGUAGAACUGACCAAACAGAUGGAUGCCUUAGGGCUUCCCCUAUCCUUUCAGUCCAAUAAGGAGUCAAGGAACAAAAUUUAUACAGGCAAAAGGAAAGGCACUCGUUUGAAGCUUUCUCACGGUCAUAAAGAAGCUAAGGAUGAAGCACUAGAAACUACCAAAGUGAGUGAGGUGGAGAUUGUGUCUCCAACUGUUUUGCAUGAUAACACAACCGAUUCUUUAUGUUGCAUGUCAAUACUGGGCCAAAGUGAAUCAUAUUGUUAUGAUGUUGCAGUUAAUACCUGUGAAUUUCAAUGCCCUGCUGGUGAAGAUCCUUCAAGUUCCACUAAGAUUAUAUCUGAUGCUGUCUUUGAUGGAAACUCGCAUGAUCUGACUAAUAAUGGGCAGGAGUGCGAGUUUGUAGCACUCAGUAAUGUUAUGUCAAAUGAUGAAAAUAGGAGAGUACUUAGUUCAGGAAGUUCAGAUUCUGCACAUUUACCACCUUGCUGCUUGACAGAUGCAAGUUUUGAACAUGAUAAGGAAGAACUUAGUACAAGUUUGACAGAAUGUGAGUGCCUGGAAGAUUCGUUUGCUGCUCAGCAUCAUGAACAAAGUGGAAAAUUUUGCAGCGACCACGGUACUGAGGGGUUAGAAGUUUCUGAAACAGUUAUGUUAUCACAGAACUUGGAAGUGUUUGGACAUGAUGGAGUUGACGGCCAUGGCUACAGUGAUGAUUUCGGAGAUUGGAGGGUAUACUGGGACUCCAUGUACUUGAGAAAUUACUUCCAUAACAUCAAGACUGGUACUUCCACAUGGGAUCCACCCAGUGGUAUGGAACAUCUAGCAUUUGAUGGUGUCGCUGAUGGACGGGAUGAAGUUAUCACUGAAGCAACCGAAAAUGAUGAUAGUUUUUCCAUGUCUUGUGCUUUUCUAAAUUAUUCCAAGUCAUUGGAGGAACCUCCAAAUGAUGCUAGACUGGAAGAUCAGCCAUCUAAUGAGGUGUCAACUGGGAAAGGAGUUAUUGCUGGCAGCUCUUUUCCAGGAACGACUGUCCUAACUGCAAACAGCAGUUCUGAGCUUGAAGAUGAACUUCAUGGGAUCAGUACAACUUGUGAUGAUUUAUCAUCAGAUAUGCAGGAGCAUGUUGGCAGCUUGAACAGUAAAAUAAGAAAGAUAGCUACUGGUGAUGAUAACAUGCGAAUAGAAAUUGUUGAUCCUGCAACAGAUCAUCAGUUAGACAUCCAGCAUGACUCUGGAAAGAAAAAACAGAAAAAGAAGGCAAGAAAAAGGGGUGCGCGUAGGCAAUUGUCUAAUGGGAGUGAAGAGCUUGAGCGUAAAGUUAUCUUUGAAGACUUAUCUGCCAAUAUUGGCAAAUACUGGUGCCAAAGGUACAUUUUGUUCUCCAAAUAUGAUAGUGGCAUAAAAAUGGAUGAGGAAGGUUGGUUUUCUGUAACUCCAGAGCUUAUUGCUGGGCAUCAUGCACUGCGUUGUGAUGGUGACAUCAUUAUUGACUGUUUCACUGGAGUUGGUGGAAAUGCCAUCCAAUUUGCACAGAGGUGCAAACAUGUUACUGCAAUUGACAUCGAUCCUAAGAAGAUUGAUUAUGCAUAUCAUAAUGCUGCCAUCUAUGAAGUUGGGGACCAUAUAGAUUUUAUAAAGGGAGACUUUUUUGUUUUGGCACCAAAGCUGAAGGCAGACACAGUCUUUUUAUCACCUCCUUGGGGAGGACCUGAUUAUUCUAAAGUAAAGACAUACGACAUCAUGAAGAUGCUUAAACCACAUGAUGGAUAUUUUCUCUUUAAUACUGCAAAGAAAAUUGCUCGCAAAAUUGUCAUGUUUCUACCUAAAAAUGUUGAUCUCAACCAGUUGGCAGAGUUGUCUCUAUCUGCUGAUAGUUCAUGGUCACUAGAGGUUGAGAAAAACUUCUUGAACGGCAAGUUGAAGGCAGUAACUGCUUACUUCUGUGACACAACAGUAGAAGAUAAUGAUGCAACAUAGUGAACAUGUACCCUGUCCCUGGGUUUCGGGGACUGACAUCCCAAAAAUUUUGAAGCCAAUAUAGUGUGUGUUUUUUUUUCGUGGAUGUCAUGUAUUAUUCUGUGAGAUGUUGUAUUAGUUAGUUUGCAUAGGUACUUAAGUUAGUCCUGUUCAAAUAAUGUAGAGAUUAGAAUAUGCAAAUUCAUGGCAGCUGAAGUCAAUAUUUCUGGAAAUUUGAAGUCAGAGAAAGGUUGUACAAGGCUUUUUUUUUUUUUUUGGUGGGGGGGGGGGGGGGGGGGGGGUCGAAGAAGCACAAAUUCAUCCCUUGGUGUAUUUGCAGCUCGCCAUAUUUAUGUUGGGGUAACAUGCAGAUGUCAGAGUUUGUAUGCAUGUGCCAGGUAAAAUCUCAUGCAGUUAGUAAACUGCGUAGAAGACUAAAUGAAUUAAUUUAUUUGGAGCUAAACUCGGUAAAA